GGGACACGGACGGUUUUAUCCGUUGUGAAGUUGAAUUCGGAAGACUUAGCAGCUGUUCUGCGAAGUUGUUCGAAAAGUAACUUUUGCUCCGAAAAUGCUUAUUUGAGAAGAUCCUGUUGCCAAACACCUUUGUGGAAAAGCAAAACGCUUUAUCUUUACUUUUAGGAAGUUCUUGUCAGGAGACAAUGUAAGAAGUGAUGCCAGAACAGAGCAACGAUUAUCGGGUGGUUGUGUUCGGUGCAGGAGGUGUUGGUAAAAGCUCGCUUGUCCUUAGGUUCGUAAAAGGAUCCUUCUGCGAAAUGUAUAUACCUACAGUAGAGGACACCUACAGACAGGUAAUAACGUGCAACCGGAACAUUUACACACUUCAAAUCACGGAUACUACAGGAAGUCACCAGUUUCCUGCAAUGCAGAGACUGAACAUCAGUAAGGGGCAUGCUUUCAUUCUUGUUUACUCCAUCACUAGCAAGCAAAGUCUAGAGGAGCUCGCCCCAAUCUACGCUCUUAUCAAAGAAGUCAAAGGUAAUUUGGAAGGUAUACCCAUGAUGCUGGUUGGAAACAAAAAUGAUGAAGAGGAAAACAGAGAAAUCUCUUACCAAGAUGGAAUGAACCAGUCCCACAAAUGGAAUUGCAACUUUAUGGAAACCUCAGCGAAGAACAACACCAACGUGAAAGAAAUGUUCCAAGAACUAUUAAACAUGGAAAAAUCGAGGAACGUGAGCCUACAGAGCGAGAGACGAACUCUUGCCCAAUUCAGGAAAGAAAAAAUGAAAGGGAAAUGUUUGAUCAUGUGAACCAUCGAAUCUUGUACGAGUAUUAUUGAAAAUGCAUCCAAUUAUAAGAUACAGGACGAUUAUAGGAAAGGUGCAUACGUAUUAAUCUUUUAUCAGUAUCUAGUUUGAGUUUCAUAGAGACUGUAUUGAACUGACUACUAUCUGUAUUUUUGAACUGUUUAUAGUGAAUAUAUUGAGUGUUAUUUGAUGGUUUCAGGCCCAGUAAUAAGAAGGGAUGGCCAAUGGAUUAAUAUCAGAUUUU